GAGAGAGAGAGAGAGAGAGAGAGAGAGAGAGAGAGAGAGAGAGAGAGAGAGAGAGCGAGAGAGAGAGAGAGAGAGAGCAGAGAAGAGGAAAGAUGGCGGCUCUAGCUGAACCAACACGGGACGCCGGGCUAACGUUUUGAGACUUCACCUCCGAGCAGACACCGUGAGCUCCACCGGGGGUUUACUGCACCAUCCACACCCGCACCGGUCCAGCUUUGCACGGGUGCACCUUUUACUCACGUCGGCUAAAGCAACGCAAUAAUAAAGUAUAGUAGAGAAAUAAUAUCUCUCUGCUAUCAUGAGAGGGAAAAGAGGCAGGCCGCCCAAACCGCUACACCAAGCCGAGGACUCGUCUCCUGCUCCGGCUGCGAGAGGCUUGAGACCGCGGAGGAAUCUGAAGCCCCGGUUCAGAGACAGCGGCGAUGAGGACGUGGAGAGCCCGACGAGAGAGAGCACUAAGGCGGCUAAGAAGAGGAAAGCAGUCACGUCAACACGGGGCAGAGGACGAGGUAGAGGAGGAGGAGGUUUGAGAGGAGGAGGAAGACGGGGCCGUGGAGGGAAGAAGACGGCUGCCUGUAAGACUGUGGUGUACGACGACCAUGAGAGCGACGAGGAGGAGGACGAUGCUGUCAGCCUGAGGUCGGAGGAGGACGAGUUUGUUGAGGAGGAACCUCAGACUGAAGAGGAGGAAGAAGAUGAGGCCCUGAAAGAGGAGAGUGAAGAUGAUGUGCUGGAGGAGCAGCAGCAGGAGGAAGAGGAGGAGGAGGAGGUGGAGGAUGAUGCCAGCUACUGUACAGAGAGUAGUAACAGCACUCCGGGGAGGAAAAAAGUACGGGCUCCCCGACCUCGCACUCCCAUCCUGGAGGAGAAAGAGAUUCCUCCUCUUGAGCUUCCUGACACCUCCGAGGACCUCCUGGUGCCUGGCGAGGAGCUGCUCAACGCCACCUCCAUCUACGAGGUGCUGCGGAACUUCAGCACGGUGCUGCGUCUCUCCCCCUUCCGCUUCGAGGACUUCUGUGCGGCGCUGGUAGGCCAGGAGCAGUGCACUUUAAUAGCAGAGACCCAUAACUCCCUCUUGAAGGUCAUCCUACGUGAGGAGGACUCCUCCAACACUACCUUUGGCCCUGCCGACCUCAAGGACAGCGUUAACUCCACGUUGUACUUUAUUGACGGCAUGACGUGGCCUGAGGUGUUGCGGUCGUACUGCGAGAGCGACCGGGAGUACCAUCACGUCCUGCCGUAUCAGGAGGUGGAUGAGUAUCCCUACGGUCCACUUGAAAGUAAGAUCAAGGUGUUACAGUUUUUGGUGGACCACUUUCUCACCACCAAUAUCGCCCGCGAGGAGCUGAUGUCCGACGGCAGCAUGCUGUAUGACGACCACUGCCGCGUGUGUCACCGCCUGGGCGACCUGCUGUGCUGCGAGACCUGCUCAGCGGUCUACCACCUGGAGUGUGUGAAACCGCCGCUGGAGGAGGUUCCAGAGGACGAGUGGCAGUGUGAGAUUUGCGUGGCACACAAGGUGCCGGGUGUCACGGACAGCGUGACAGAGGCGCAGAAGAAUAGGCCCUACAUCCGCCAGGAGCCCAUUGGAUACGACCGCCACCAGAGGAAAUACUGGUUCCUAAACAGAAGGAUUAUUGUCGAGGAGGACGGGGAGCAAGAGAAGAAGAAGACCUGGUACUACAGCACCAAGACGCAGCUGGAGGAGCUCAUGGAGUGCCUGGAUAAGCAGUACUGGGAGACGGACCUCCAUGCCACCCUGGAGGAGAUGAAGGAGGAAGUGCAAGCUCACAUGGACAUCACGGAGGACCUUACCAACAGAGCCCGUGCAAACAAUAGAUCCUACCUCACUGCUGUCAACGGUGUGAUCGUGGAGCGCAUAAAGGUCAGGCGGGAGGCACAGGAAACCAAGAGGCGAGCAGAGGAAGCAAAGCAGGAAGCAGAAAUGGGCUCCGUUAAGACGGCGGAGGACCCUGCUGAGCUCACAUCGCAGCUCGGCAAUGGAGAGCACAAAGAUACGGAGGCCAAGGAAGAAGCUAGUUCACAAGCAGCCACGGCUCCCCCAGCUGCAGAGGAGAACUGCGUGUCUGACCCUAACCCCGGCUUGGCCACCAAGGACACAGCCGUGCCUAAAACGGAGUCCCUUGAACCCAACAAGGAAACGCCACCUGCUCCCUCUGGCAGCCUGGAGAGUGGGGAGUCCCCUCCAUUGGCAAAGCAGGAAAGGACAGAUGAGGAUGUGAAAGCCGAGUCUAGCAGCGAAGACAAGCACCCUGGCGAUUCCCAAGAUCAGCCACAGCAGCAGCAGUCAUCUCAACCGGAGUCGAGCGGAGGCAGCACCCAGGUUUCAGGCCUUAGGAAACCGGAGCAGCCCGACCUGGCUGAUCCAUCCUCCCGGUCCUCUUUUACCAGCCAGGAUGGGACAGACGAGUACAACUACAGGGUCAAGAGCACUACAGAAAAACCAGCUGGUCAGGAAUCGAAUAACCAAACGCCCAGAGGCAGCAAAGAGUCAUCUCCCGUACGCUCUGAUGGCGAGUCUUCGCGUCUCAGCUUCUUAAAAAGGGACCUGACCGUGAAUUUGAACAACUUGUUCAAGCUGGGCCAGGAGGGUAAAUACAGGGUCUACCACAACCAGUACAGCACCAACGUCCUGGCCCUAAACAAGCAUCAGCACCGCGAGGACCACGACAAGAGACGCCACCUCUCCCACAAGUUCAGCCUGACUACCGCGUCUGAGUUCAAAUGGAAUGGCUCCAUCUACGGUUCGCGGAGCUUGACCGUCUCCACCCUGCGUCUCACCAUCAUCCAGCUGGAGACCAAUGUCCCUGGACCAUUUAUGCAUCCUAACUGGGCAUCGCACAGGACCAACUGGAACAAAGCAGUGCAGAUGUGCAGCAAGGCCAGGGAAUUUGCUUUGGCCUUGGCCAUACUGGAGUGUGCCAUCAAACCAGUGGUCAUGGCGCCUGUAUGGAAAGAUUCUCUUGGACACACAAGGUUACAUCGCAUGACCUCCAUGGAGCGGGAGGAUAAGGAGAAGGUGAAAAAGCGAGAGAAAAAACUAGAGGAUGAGGAGACGCUACAACAGGCCACCUGGGUGAAGUACACCAUCCCCAUCAAGCACCAGGUGUGGAAGCAGAAGGGGGAGGAGUACAGAGUGACGGGGUACGGUGGCUGGAGCUGGGUCAGUAAGACUCAUGUGCCGCGGUUUGUCCCAAAGCUACCGGGGAACACAAACGUAAACUACCGCAAAGACCUGGAGGCUAAAAUGAGGAAGGAAAAAGCAGCAGCUUGCACUAAUAAGCCGAAAACGUUGAUGGAAACUGAGAAGCAGACUACUCAAAACACGUCGGAUGGGGAAAAAGAACAAGCAACCAUCGCUGCCUCAUCUGAGAGCACUUCAUCAGAGGAGGACUGCAAACCUCAGACCUCAAAAGAGGAUGAAAACCCCACAGAGGAGGAGCGUGGAAAAACUGUAGAGGAGAAGGGAGAAGAUGAAAAAAUGGAGGUUGACCCCUGCUCCGAAACUGCUGCUUCAAGUGGCGAGAAAGAUAAAGCUGAAAACGAAGGCUCUUCCUCGCCUUCUGUGCAGCCCGUGGAGGAAGAACCAAUCCAGAAAGUUGAAGAAUCCAGGAAUGAGGAGACCACUGCAUCGAAGAUCUACUACGACGUUGUGAAUGUAAGCGAGGGCUUCCAGCUGCGGACAGCUUAUAAGAAGAAAGUAAAGCCCUCCAAACUGGAUGGGCUUUUGGAGCGGCGGGUAAAACAGUUCACCUUGGAGGAGAAGCAGAGGCUAGAGCGAUUGAAACAGGCGACGCUGUUGUCCAAAAUGAUCGCCACAAAGUCCGCUUCCGCGGUUAAGACCGAAGGAUCCACGUUAGGCAAACAGCAGCCCGUAGUGACCCCUUGUGUAAAAAAAGAGAAGGAUGAGGGCGUUCAAGUGAAAGACCACAUAGUUAAAAAGCUCAACUUUGAGCAGGAGCAGAUAAAGACGGACGUGGACGUCAAAUCAGAAACCACAGCACCCAACCACAGCAAACAGACAGAGGUAAACGCCGUGCAGGGGAACUGUGGGGAGGCCUUAGCUCACAAAGAAGUGAAUGGAGGACCUCUAUCAAGCACUGAGCUCAUCAGUAAAAACAAUUGUAUAUCAGAUGCAAUAGAAAGCAAAGAGAAAACACACAAGCCAGAGGUGGCUCGAGUGGGAGAGAAUGCUAAGAAACGUGGUUACGAGGAAAUGGAGCAAGGCAGCGAACAGAGCAUGGAGGCAGAGCAAAGUAAGGUGCAGGUGAAUGGGAAAACUGGGGCCCCUGCUGACCCAAACGUCAACUCAGACCCAGCCAGUCAAGUCCAAGAGGAUAUUAAAGAGCCUCAGAAAGAGCCUGUCAAGUCUCUGAUGAAUGGAAACCUCUCGCAGAAUGACGUGUCGGACAUAUGUCACCCACCUCCCCUGAAAGUCCCGAAAUUAGAGAACCAUGUGGCAGAGAAAGGAGACUCUCUGAAUAAGAGUGUGGAUGUGGCGAUGGACAGUGAGGGGACAGUACCUGCUAAGCUUCCAUCCUCAAGCCCUACUAGUAAUAGCAUCGACACUAACAGUAGUAGCGAAGGUUUGAAGACCACCGCCGCCACCACAGAGUCUCAAAAAGCCCCGACCACUGACCUGUCCAGUAAGUCCGACGUGAUCUCUCAAGCAGCAAGUAGCGCCGUCUCCUCUGUCACCACCACCCAGCCCAGCUCCAGGGCAGUCGUCCCUCAGAAGACUAAACUUCCAGUCGCCGACGUCAAGACGGGCCCUUCAACCAGCUCCAUGACGAUUAGUAAAGAAUAUUCCACCAAAGACCGGAUCAGCCUCCUUAGAUUCUCCAGAUCUAAGAAGGCACGCUCGGGGACGGCCCUGCCGUCCUACCGCAAGUUUGUCACCAAGAGCAGCAAGAAGAGCAUCUUCAUCCUGCCAAACGACGACCUGAAGAGAAUGGCGAGGAGAGCAGGCAUCAGAGAGGUGCCCAUAUUCAACUACAACGCCAAGCCCGCCCUGGAUAUAUGGCCCUACCCUUCGCCUCGACCUACUUUUGGAAUCACGUGGAGGUACCGUCUCCAGACUGUGAGGUCGCUGGCUGGGGUCAGCCUGAUGCUGAGGCUGCUGUGGGCCUGCCUGAGGUGGGACGACAUGGCCGUUAAGCCCUCCGCCGCUGUAGGGACAACGCGGAAAGAAACCACGGACACGGACAUCAUCACAACAGAGAUCAUAAAACGAAGAGACGUGGGGCCUUACGGCAUCCGCUCAGAAUACUGCAUCAGGAAGAUCAUCUGUCCCCUCGGAAACAGAGACACUCCCAAAGUAGAAACCCCCACUCCACAGAGGAAAGGCCUGCGCUCAAGCGCCUUGAGGCCCAAGAAGCACGAGCCAGCCAAGCUGACCGGGCCUGUAGCUGUGGAGAACUGGGUGCCUGAAGAAGACCUGGAGCUGUGGGAGAUCAGGGCUUUUGCUGAAAGAGUGGAGAGGGAGAAGUCCCAGGGUAUUGAUUCCUCCAAGACCGGCAGUAGUCUGAGGACGGCAGAGGACGUCAAAGCCCAUUUGGAGAAUCAGCUGAAACAGGCCAGACUGGCUGCCCAGCAGAAACGUCUGGAGCAGCAGAGACCGGGUACACCCGCCACCACUCCAACAACAACCACCACCACCUCAGCCAGCACCCCCAGCACUCCCAACAGCGGCUCCAGCACCCCCAGUACCACAGCGUCCAUGGGCCAGAGGAUUGGUCAGGUCACUUCUGGAACUAAGAUGGUCCUGGCCACCAAACUGGGCUCUCCAGUUUCCUUCCAGCAAGACAAAAACUUCCAUCAGUCUUUUGCUUCCUGGGUCAAGCAGGGUCAGACCAAUAACACCUCAGCCUCCAGUGGCUCGGCGGUCGCCACCUCGGAGCAAACCUUCAAGAUCGCUGGCAGCCCAGUGACUGUGGCUGCUGGCCAGGUCCUCACCGCCAAACUCCCGCUCCCCGCUAACAGCAAGAUUGUCGCGCUCAACAUGCCCACCGUUCAAGGAGGCGUAGUCCAACAGAAAGUCCUGGGCAUUUUCCCCUCUGGGCCCCCCGCGAACCUUAGGACAUACAGCACACUACAUCCUACGACUGGCAACAUCAACCUCAGAGCCACCACCUCCUCAACUACCCAGCAACAGGCCGUCACAGCAGGAGGCCAAACGCAGCCUGUCACGACGAUGAGCCCGUCUGCGGGCACAGCAGCGGUCAGAAGUCCAGCGUUGGCUCAACAAGGCCAACCACAGCCGACCGUGACACAGACGGGUCCUGGUUCUACACCCGUGCAGACGACUGCAGCUCAGAGAGCAGCAGGUCCUGCACCGUCACCUCAUGCAGCCACUACAGCACCACCUGGGCAGGCACCAGCAGCUCCCUCCCAGGCCAACAGACCACAGCAGGGUCAAGUUAAACUCACUAUGGCACAGCUCAUGCAGCUAACACAGGGGGCUCAGGGUGGAAACCCAGGUCUGACAGUGGUGAUCCAGGGUCAGGGCCAGACCCAGGGCCAGCUGCAAAUCAUCCCACAAGGUGUAACAGUCAUCCCUGUUCCUGGUCAGCAGCUAAUGCAGGCGGCCAUGCCCAACGGCCAGGUCCAGCGCUUCCUCUUCACCCCCAUACCCCCAUCCUCAUCAGCUCCGACUUUAGCACCCACUCAGAUCCCUCAAACCCAAAUGUCAACUCCAACUCAAGCCAGAAUUCCCGCACAAGUCCAGACGACUCCCUCGGCCCUAGCCCAAACCCGAAUGGCUGCCCCUGUACCCAUCCCGAUGCAAAUGCCAGGUUUGGCGCCCACGGUCCCCAUGCAAACCCAAGUUGCAGCCUCUACCCCGUUAUCAGUCCCCGCACAAUCUCAAAUAUCCACUCCCGUGCCCGCCCUGCCACACGUCGCAGCCCAGGCCUCGACGCAGGUUUUAUCCUCCACGCCAGCCUCUGUCCCCGCACAACCCCAAGUGGCGAGAUCUGUGCCUUCCCCAGCACAGAAUGCAGGCCCGGCUAUGUCUCAGACACAAGUCUUCUCCUCAGCCUCAUUCCCUACGCAAACCCAACCUGCAAUGUCGCUCCCCGUCCCGGGGCAAGUUGCACCUCAAGCCCAGAUCCAGACACACGCCUUCAGCCCCGCCCCUGCUUUAACCCCCGUCUCAGUCAAGACCACCGCCCAGGUCGCUGCCACAGCAGCCGCCACUUACUCGCCCCAAAUGCCCACCACUGCCUCUCUUCCCUCGCCUGUCCAAGUCCCGACCCCUGCUCUUGCUCCUGUCUCUGCUCCCGUCAUAGCCGUCGUGUCCACCCACAUUGCUGUCCCGUCCACAGCUAAAGCUCUAACCCACAUCCAGGUCGCAGCUCCCACAGUUCCCCUUCACGCCGCUGUGGCCAAUGCUGUUGUCACGCCGGUCACAGCCACCUUUACAACACCUUCAGUGCCAGCUCUGAUGGAGCAGAGGGCAGCUCAGCCCCAGGUCUGGACUUCGUCCUCAUCUCAAGCUCAGACUCCCGCUCAGCCAGCUCAGCAGGCUGCUGGUCCCGCUCAGACGCCCGCCUCUGCAUCAGUUUCCACACAUUCAUCACCCAUCACCCCUCUGCCUCAAGCGUCUCAAGCUCAAGGACACGUGCAGCACCCUACCCUCGUAUCCAUGCAGCAGGUGUCUCAAAUCCCAGUCUCGGCGGUGCAGGUUCAUAUGGGAUUACCGGUCUCUUCUGUUGUUACCUCUGUCAGACCCACGCUGCCUCAGCUCCAGCCCCAAACCCACGCUCAACUUCAAGCUCAGCGUCCAGCCCAGAUCCGCACGCAGAUUCAAGUCCAGCCCUUUGGCCAAGUCCAACAAAUGCCACACAUUCAGGCCCAAGCACAAGUCCAGAACCACCCCCAGGUCCGAGUUCAGUUUCAGCCACAAACUCAGCAACCGCCCCAAACCCAAGUACAGCCCGUUGCUCAAAACCAACCUCAGGUGCAGUUUCAGUCCCAAAACCAAACCUUGCCCCAGGUCCAGGUCCAGGCCCAGCUCCCAUCAAGGGUCCAGCCUCAGUACCUCCCGCAGGUACAUGCCUCAUUUCAAACGCAGGCUCAACCCCAACCCCAGGCUCACCAGCAGCCUCAGGUCCAAUCUCAACCCCAGGUUCAGGUUCAGUCUCAGGCCCAAACUCAGCUACAGCUACAGCCCCAGAUCCAAACCCAACUCCAUCCCCAGGUUCAGGUCCAGUUCCAGCAGCAGAGCCAGGUUCACCCGCAACCUCAGGCACUGCAGCAACCCCAGGUCCAAACCCAGCCCCAGUUUCAAGUUCAGUCACCACAGCAGACCCAGGUCCAGCAGCAGCUUCAGGUCCAAGCCCAGCCCCAAGUCCAAGCUAAGCUCCAAGUCCAGUUCCAGCCUCAGAACCAAACUCAAGUGCAAGCGCAGCCUCAGCUCCAGGUCCAGUCUCCAAUCAGGCAUCAGCUCAUCACCGUUCCGGGCCUCCAGCAGCCCGUCCAGCUACUCUCGGCUCUGCCGCCCCACGUCGCGGCCCAGAUCCAAGCCCAGAUCCAGGCGCAGGCGCAGCAGCAGGGCGGCACGGUUCCCCAGCAGAUCAAACUGCAGCUGCCCAUCCAGAUCCAGCAGACGGGGGGGCAAAUUCAGGCCCACCAGAUCCAGAACAUGGUGACCAUACAGGCACCAGCGAGCGUCCAGGAGCAGCUCCAAAGGAUGCAGCAGCAGCAGCAACAACAACAGCAGCAGCAACAGCAACAACAACAGCAGCAACAACAACAACAACAGCAACAACAACAGCAACAACAACAGCAGCAACAACAACAACAACAAAAACCAAAGAAAAAGAAACACCACGAGGCUAAAAGGGAACAGAAGGAGCAGAGUCUGCAGGUCGUUAGCCCCGGGGAUGGCAUCCAAAAACAGGUGGCGGUGAAGCAGAACGCUGCAGCGGAACAGCUGAAACAGAGGAAGACCUUGGCUGCAGCUGAGCGGGAGGAGAACCAGAGAAUGAUUGUGUGCAACCAGGUGAUGAAGUUCAUCCUCGACAAGAUUGAGAAGGACGAGAAGCAGGCAGCCAAGAAGAGAAAGAAGGAGGAGGUGGUGGAGCAGAAACGCUCCAAACAGAACGCCACCAAGCUGACGGCGCUGCUGUACAAGCACAAGGAGCAGCUGAAGGCGGAGAUCCUGAAGAAGAGGGCCCUGCUGGACAAAGAGCUGCAGCUGCAAGUACAGGAGGAGCUGAGGCGGGACAUUGCCAGGCUACAGAAAGAAAAGGAGAAAGCCAGAGCUGCUAUCGCCCAGGCCGCUGCAGCGACGGUGAAGGCAGCAUCUUCCUCUCACUCCUCCCUUCCCUCUCACUCCACACAUUCCACUCACAGCACCCACACGGCGACCUCGCCGUCCUCGUCCCAUAAACGCAAGAGGGAGGAGGAGAGAGACAAAGACAGACACAAAGACAGGGACAGGCAUCACGACAAGGACAAGAAGCGGGACAGGGAUAAGGACCGCGACAGGUGCAAAGACAGGGAUAAAGACAAAGACGGGGAUCGAGAGAAGGAGCGAGACCGAGAGCGGGACAGACAUCGGGACAGAGACAAGGACAAAGACGGGGACCCAGAAAAGGACGUAGAUCCCAGCUCGUCGAAACACAAGAAGAAGAAGAAGCUCUCUUCUGCCUCGAAGGAUCACAAGAAGGACACCAAAUUGUACUGUGUCUGCAAAACGGCGUACGACGAGUCAAAGUUUUACAUCGGGUGCGACCUGUGCUCCAACUGGUUCCACGGCGCGUGCGUCGGCAUCACGGAGAAAGAGGCCAAGAAGCUGGAGGACUUUGUGUGCAACGACUGUAAACGCGGUCAGGAGGGAGCAAGCAACGAGGAGCUGUACUGCAUCUGCCGGACGCCAUACGACGAAUCACAGUUUUAUAUAGGGUGCGACCGCUGCCAGAACUGGUACCACGGGCGCUGCGUGGGCAUCCUGCAGAGCGAGGCCAAUCAAAUCGACGUGUACGUCUGCCCGCAGUGUCAGUCGACGGAAGACGCCAUGACAGUCCUCACGCCGCUCACCGACAAAGACUAUGAGGGGUUGAAAAGAAUAUUACGCUCGUUACAGUCUCACAAAAUGGCAUGGCCUUUCCUUGAACCAGUGGAUCCCCACGACGCACCUGAUUAUUAUCGUGUCAUCAAGGAACCAAUGGACUUUUCCACAAUGGAAACCCGUUUGCAAAAGCGACAUUACCAGAAGCUCACGGAGUUCGUGGCCGACGUGACCAAAAUCUUCGACAACUGUCGCUACUACAACCCCAACGACACGCCGUUCUUUCAGUGUGCCGAGGUGCUCGAAGCCUUUUUUGUACAGAAGCUUAAAGGUUUCAAAGCGAGCAGGUCUCAUAACAACAAGCUACAGUGUUCGUCAGCCUCUUAGAAAGCAGCGCACAUUGCUCAAACAAAAAUGCACUUGCCAAGAAUAUGGCUUUUCUGAACUGUAACAGACUCUGCCUCAUCCUGCGUUUGGGGAUCUGCUCCUCUUGACUGUCGGUGCGAACUGUUCAGGCAGAGCUGCCCGUUUCAGCUCAAAGGGACCUCUUUUUUUUUGGACCUGUCUUCAUCAGUGGGACUGCACUGAGGAGCGCGAGCGACUGAGGCAUUUCAGAAGAAAGUUUACCUCGGAGAAAAGACUCUUAAGGAGCUCUCAUAUUUCCAUGUUUAUUUUUUUGAUCUCAAGUCUUUUAAUUUUGUUUUCUUUCUUGUUAAAACAACCGUCAGGCCAGCCCUGUGGUCACCAUGUCCAAUGAGAAAUAGAAAUACUGACAUACAAUGGCAGAGUUUUACCGAGCAUCACGUAUCAAAAGAGUUUUGUGUCUAAAUUUGGAUAUCACAUUUUCUCUCAUUUCCACUCAUUGUUUAGUCUGAAGUGGCAUGAACGAGAGUUGUACUAAAUAUCUGAACAUCAGUAGUCUGCUUGGUUAAACUUCUAUAACCUACUGAACGUACAGUAAUAAGCUAUUGUAAAUGGAUCGCUCUGCAGUAGUGACUGACUGACCGAGAAGGAUGAAACAAUACAUUUGAAGGUUCCUGCCCUGUUUGUAAAAAAAAAAAAAAAAAAAUGUCAGAUUUUGACUUGAUUUCUUUUUCUUUUUUUGUAUUACAUCUGAAGAAAUAUUGAUGUAUAUGGAACUUAAUAAAAACGAAAAGACUGA